GAACCGAGAGGGAAGGAGAGAACAGAGGCAGAACCGAGAGGGAAGGAGAGAACAGUUCUCUAGAGCCUUACGUCUGACUACACACACACAACUACAGUCUGAGCACUUCUGGGAACAUUGACAGGGGAUGGAAGCUGAACCCAAACGCAUGGGAGGAUGGUGUCUAGCGCUGCUGACAGCACUGCUCUUGCAAGCAGGUGUGUCCCAGAGCAUGGUGGUGACGUCCACAGGGCCUAAGACCAUCAAGAAGGCCCAGGGGGAGAGUGUGAUUCUGGGAUGCACCUACAGCCCAAGCCCAUCGGAUACUGGAGCACUGGACAUCGAGUGGACCGACGUCAGCCCUGACAUGACCGAGAAGGACAAGCUGCUCCUCUCGUACUCCGGUGGGCAGGAGUUCCAGCUGGGCGACCCCGGCCUGAUGAAGCGGCUGCAGUUCGUGGGGCCGCCCCAGAACGGCGACGCCACCAUAGUCAUCACGUCCCUGCAGGUCUCCGACACAGCCACCUACCAGUGCAAGGUCAAGAAGACGCCGGGGGUCGACUCUCGAAAGGUCACAGUGGUGGUGCUGGUGCGCCCCUCUGUACCCAAGUGUUGGGUCGAUGGUAAUGAGGAGAAGGGGGCGUCCGUGUCGCUACGCUGCAAGUCCUCCAGUGGCUCCACGCCGCUCACCUACACUUGGAAAAGAGAGGACGGAGCAAGCAUACCUCCCACAGCCAGCAUCAACACCCAGACUGGGGAGCUACUGAUCAGGAACCACUCAGAGAGCUACACGGGCCGCUACGUGUGUGAGGUGAAGAACGAAGUGGGGACCGAGCAGUGUGUGUACAGCCUACGGGCCCACAACCCUGUGAAUAGAGCCGGGGUGAUCGCUGGAGCUGUGAUUGGUGCUCUGCUGCUUUUGCUCCUCCUCCUGCUCCUCAUCUGGCUCCUGAUUUGCUGUUGCAACAAGCGUCGCUAUGAGAAGGAGGUGGCUAAUGAGAUCAGGGAGGACGUUGUGGCCCCAGAAAGCCGUCCGACCAGUCGUGUGUCGAGUAUGCGCUCCAUCAUGGGCUACCACACCCACUCUGGCAUCAUGUACAGCUCCGUGAGGAGCGGCGCCCCCCAGAGGGCUCCAUCGGACCUGCACUCCGCCUCCCCUAAGUCCGACAGCAUCUACAAGCCCGCGCUCAACUACGACAGUCGCUACGGAUACCCCGUCUAACCACCAGCAUCUACAAGCCCACGCUCAACUACGACAGUCGCUACGGAUACCCCGUCUAACCACCAGCAUCUACAAGCCCGCGCUCAACUACGACAGUCGCUACGGAUACCCCGUCUAACCACCAGCAUCUACAAGCCUGCGCUCAACUACGGCAGUCGCUACGGAUACCCAGUCUAACCACCAGCAUCUACAAGCCCGCGCUCAACUACGGCAGUCGCUACGGAUACCCAGUCUAACCGCCAGCAUCUAUAAACCCCGAUCAACUACGACAGUCACCACGGAUACCCCGUCUAACUAACUUAUCAGGCAUCUACAAACCCCCAUUCAAAUACGACAUUGGGUAAGAACAAUCUGUAUAACUCAGAGCCCAGCAUCUCACAGCACAGCCAAAUAAGAGUUCAGCCUAUCAGAGCUCAGCCUAUGAAGGCCCAGCCACUCACAGCACAGCCAUAAGAGCCCAGCCUAUCAGAGCUCAUCCUAUGAAGGCCCAGCCACCCACAGCACAGCCAAAUAAGAGCCCAGCCUAUCAGAGCUCAGCCUAUGAGGGCCCAGCCACUCACAGCACAGCCGAAUAAGAGUUCAGCCUAUCAGAGCCUAGCCUAUCAGGGCCCAACCAAUCAGAGCCCAGCUUACCAGGACCCAGCCAAUAAGAGAUCAGUCACUCAGAGCCCUGUCUGGCGCUAGUCUGGACUGGAUCUGGUUUGGGUGUGGCGCUGGUCUGGACAGGAUCUGGUUUGGGUGUGGUGCUGAUCUGGACUGGGUCUGGUUUGGGUGUGGCGCUGCUGGACUGGAUCUGGUUUGGGUGUGGUGCUGAUCUGGACUGGAUCUGGUUUGGGUGUAGCACUGAUCUGAGCAUCAACUCCAGAGGAAGCUCUCUUAGUACUGUACCAUAUGUAAUUACAUUUUUACUCUAAAGAUUUAAAAUCCAUCUUACUUUUGCACAGGGUUUU